AUUACGAGUCCGAUUUUCAUACGGGUUUAAAAAGCAAACCAGUUUGGAAUGAGGCGCGGCACAUUUUUCAGCUGAGAGUCCGCGCAGAGGUUGGAGGCCAGCCUCGAUGAUUUUGAGAUAGUUUUUCUGUAACGUUAUUGCUAGACUAGAGAAUUGCUAGACUAGCUUUUAUUGCUUGAGCUAUUGAGAGCCAAGUUGCUGAAACAACCUUUUCGGACAAGCUAUAGGAGUCACCCAAUUUCGAGCUUUUGGGAUUGCGAGAAUACCUCUGACCAGACGCGGCAGGAGCGGACCGCGGCAGCGGCGGACCUACUACACAAGCACUGUCGGUCGCGGGAUUGAGCCGGAACUACCGCAGGAUCAAGACAACGUUCGGGACGCCUUUCACUUGAGAGAUCUCCACUUAGAAGCAUACACCAUUUUAUACCACCAUCGUUCAUACGGUGAUUACAGUCUGCAUCUGGUGGAACUUGAGAUGCAGAGGUCAGCUUGCCUGCCUGCAGCUCUCCUGUUACCGGGAUUAUUGUACUCCCUUACCGUUUGCCGAGGCGAGAUGUGCGGCACCACGACACGGGCUUCAGCCGGUGACGAUCUCGCCGAGCUCCGAAGCAAGGCAUUUGCGGCGUUCAGGGCUCACUGCCGACCGAAGACCAAACCCAAGACGGGCGGUGACCUUCAGUUUUGUUCGGUAUUCACUGAAGCCAAGUUACCACGCACCUUCAAAUUCCUGCUGGAACCCUUCAGCACGCCUUUCCGGUUGGACUUCGAUGUGAAGAUCAAGCAGGGUGCUAGCAUAGCCCUGGCUGAGCAUAAUACUGACGAGUCCGUUUUUGCCGAAAUAAACAUCGGUGGGAGAGUGAAUACCAAGGCGAACGUGAGACCAUGCUACUUGAUCUGUCUGGAUAUAGUGGCUACACAUGAGGAACAAGGGUUGGUCAACGCCAGUGAGUACCGCCCUUUCUGGAUCGACUACAAAGGGGGCGUGGUCAGAAUCGGUAAAGGAGGACAGGAGGCGGCUUUCGUGGAAUGGGACGCCGGUGCAUACCACCAGCGAGUUCCGACUCGCGUGCACUUUGGUGUGUCUUCAUGGGGCAAUGCCGAGGGGUACUGGAAGCUUCACCAAAAAUGUGCUUAGUUCACACUAUUCAGUUGAAAUAAGCAUAUACGUCACUCAUUGAAUUAAAGGCAAGAUCAUUUGCAUAAUAUCCCAAAGUGACCUACCGAAUUGUCAUUAAGAAGCUUGAUUAAAGAUUGUAAUGGUACUAAG